AUGUUAAGAAGAAGUUUAGUAUUUAGAUCAAAUGCAUUAAUACUAUCAAGAUCGUUUACAAAAACCACUCCAAAAUUAUUUUUCAAUAACAAAGCUCCAUCAAAAGAAGAACAAGAUGCAGCAUUUGGUAAAAUCAAAAAAGUAUUACUGGAACAUCCAGAAUUAAUGCAAUUAACUGUUGAAUUUAAAGAAAUUUUAGAUAAAAAGGGAUUAUUAUCAACCGGUAAACCUUCAAUAACUCAAAUGAUGAAAUUAUUAGCUGAUAAAGAAGUAAGAGAACAUGGAGCUAAAUUAAAAAACUUUUUAGAUUCAAAAGAUACUGGUUUAACACAAGAUGAAUUGGCAACUAUAACUGGAGCAUAUAUGUUUCAAGGUAAGGAUAUCAAGUAA